GUCGUUGUUGUUGGACCGUUAUAUUACCGUUAUGCUUCAUCUGAAAAGAAAUAUUUGAGCAAUAUGUCGAGUCCAGGUGUAGGAUUCGAGCGGGUUUACGUAAAUACCGAUAUAUUUCAAAACACAGAACAACCAGAAGGAAGAAGUGGGCAUUCUAUGGUAGCCGAUGAAUCGAAUUUAUACGUUUUCGGGGGCUACGUCCCAGCAUAUGACCGACCUUGUGACAGUAACGUCACACACAACGAGUGCAAUAAAUCCAAAAUUCUAGUCGAAGUCUGGAGAUUUAAUUUUGCUACUAGAAAAUGGACGCAAUUAGAAGCAGAAGGUAUUCCAGAUACAUGUGCAUCGAGCUGUUUAGCACUUCAUGGCAAAAAAUUAUUUGUCUAUGGUGGAACAGGAUAUCCUUUUGGACAGAUGAUGAGUAACACUAUAAAGGUCUGUGAAUGUCGCCAUGUCAGUAAAUCAGGUGCUGGGAGUUACUGGUACUUGAUUGAAACAAACCCUAACGUUUAUAAUGCACUAGACAGUGGCGAUAACAUGCCUCGUAGAGCGUACGGGCAAAGUCUAAUAUUUCACGAAAAUAAUAUUUACACUUUUGGUGGUGCUAUAGGAUUCCACGAAGAGGCUGUCGCAGAACUGCAUAAACUCGAUGUUCAUACAAAGAGCUGGGAAAGACUGGCCCCAUCAGGAGAUUUACCAAUUGGUCGAUAUAAACAGGAAGUAGCCUGUGAUAAAGACAGAUUUUAUUUAUUUGGUGGUGGCAGACUUCACUAUGCAGAAACGCUGGCCAUCGUCUAUGCUUACCACUUUAAGAAUAAUCGGUGGGAUGCAGUAGCAACACGUCCCGAUUCUAAAUAUGGUUAUCCAAAAUGUCGAUGUAGUUUUAGUUUAGUUGAAGUGGAAUCAUCCAUCUAUGUGUGUGGAGGCAUAACUUACAGUUACGGAAAUACUCAACAAUCACUGGACGACAUUUGGACUAUUUCGUUAAUUGAUUUUCAGUGGAGAAAACUCUCAGUUCGUCUUCCAGAGCCAUUAUACUUCCAUCGUGCCUCAGUGUCUCCUUCUGGGUUCAUGUAUUUAUUUGGUGGAGUGCUGCCCUCUGGUCAACGGUCAAAUCAAAUCUAUCGCUGGCGAAUACCUCAUCACAUUUCGCCAUUGUCUGAACUUUGCUGGGAAACUGUCACAAGAAAUUUUAAAUCAAUUGACAAAGAGACACAGUUGUGCCUGGAGAUGUAUUAUGGCAUUCCAAACAGGUUCACAGAGAGGAUAUUCUAAAUAGGCCAAGGGCCUGUUUCACGAAAUUUUAACUAUGAUAAAAUCCAGAUUUUAGUAGUUGAUUGAAUAAUAUUAGAUAGAUUUUAGUGCUUAGCCAAUCAAAAUUGAAGUAUCUACUAAAAUUUGGAUUUUAUCUGUAGUUAAGAUUUCGAGAAAGCGGGCCCUGGAGCAUAUUAAAAUUUGAAUGAGGCUCACACGGUUUUUAAUUUCUGGAAUAUUGGCUGGUUUUAAUUAAGGCCUGUGCAGUUUUAAAAUGUCAGAAUGUUUGAUAAUUUAGAAUGAUUGAUAGUUUAAAUUUCAGGAAUAAUUGUUGCAGGACAAUAUUUGCAUAAGGCCUAUGAAAUCUUAAAAUUGAAAAUCUUCCAUUGUACUGUAAGAAAACUUUCAGGAAAUGUUUUAAUGUGUUCUUAAUUUAUUUAACCAUUUAUAAGAAUCUUGACUUGGUCAUUUUUAUACAAAUUAUGUUAUUCCUUUUUUAAAAUUUUAAAGAUAUUAUGUGAGUACAAAAUUUGGUUAUUUUAUUUAUGGUUAGCCAGUGUUGUUUUAAUCUAUUUAUGUGAAUAGCUUUUAUAACCUAUACACAUAUGCAUACCAAAUAAAUUAUUUGUGUAAGUUAUUUUUUUCAACUUUCAAAUAUAUAAUUCUUAUAUUAAAAUCCCCGAAAGAAUUAAUGCAUAUUUUUAUUACAUAGAUUUUUUUAAAAUGGGUGCAUUAAACAUACAUUAUGCAAGAGCUAAAUCUGCCUAUUGCAGGUCUUUCUUUAGGCCUGAAAUGUUUUCUCCGAUAUUAAAUAGAUUAGAACAAUUCAGCUAUAUUUUGAUUUAAGCUAAAAAUGGAGGAGCGAGACUUAGCUUCAAACAACCAGUACAGUGGUUGAAAUUAUUGCACACGUCUUGUCACACCUACAAAGGCUAAUAUCUUCGCUCGCAAUAGAGUAAUUUGAAUUAAAUUUUCAAAUUAUUCAUUUUACAUUAUCGCUUUUAGAACUAUUAUAGCAAGCUAGAAUGGCUAGCUCUUUCUCUAAAUCUUACAUAAUGUAUCUUUAAGCCUAAUAAUCAAAAUAGAAGCAAAUAAUUUCAGAUUGAAUGAACAGAUGAUUUUAGUCUACGCAAUCUGAGUAUGUGAUAUCCGUCCAGUCUGAAAAUUAACUUUAUCAAAUUUAUACAUACAUAUGAACCUGGUGAAGUUGUAUAGGGCAGAACUCAUGACAUAAUUCUAACUCUUAACCCAGUAAUGUAUAUGUAUGCUGGCUUCGGUGCAUGUAACUUCUUACUUUACAAUUUUAAAUAUAAAUUGGCUAUUUACACACGUGAAAAUACUAAUUUUAUCAAAUAUGACUCAUUUCUUAAAUAUUGCAUUUCCACUAUUUACUUUCAAUUUACUAUCAAACUAUCAGCAGUAAGUAUUCACUUGGCUGUCAAUAUCACUGAUAGAGAUGACAUUGGGACAAGUUUAAUUUUUUUUAUUUAUUAUGAAUGGGUACAUAAAAAAAGUAUGCGAAGGAUUAAAAUGAGUAAUUCUGCCCAAACAAGUUUGUAUUACUAUGUCUGAAACAGCAUGUGUUAUCAACACCUUAUGGUCAGAUAUUUGCACAGUGGUUAUCACUGUGACACAGUUUGGGGUAGUCUGUAUCAAAGCUGAAAACACACACUAUAAUGAUCUCUGCUAAUACAUUGUAAUCUUCUCGACAUUUUAAUUUCAAGAUUUUAAUAACAAGGCUUUUUAAAACAUAGAAAAUAUUUUCAUAAGAGUACAGAUUCCAGAAUUUAAAAAAAAAAAAACUUUUAGAAACCAAUAAAUUGAUUCCUUGGUCGUGUAAAAUUAAAAAAUUAUUUUUUAAUUUUAAUACUUACUGAUUUAGAAAUGUUACCAAUAAAACGCUGAAAACGGAACAUGAGUCAAUUUAUUGUUAACAAUGUUGAUUUUGUGCUUGAAAUGUUGAUGUUAGAAUACAGAAACAUAGAUCAUCAGUUUAACAUAAAUUGCUAAUUUACUAUAUUUAAAUACUGGUAAGAAGUUGCAUGUAUAAAAGUACCGGGUGAGCAUAUUGGCAAAAGAAAUACUAGGUUUAAAAAAAUUGCUACAAGUAAUUGACAUUGAAAUUUAUAUUUAUCACAUGUUUUCUGAAUUAAUGUUUUACAUGUUUUAAGAGAACAAUGUAAUCUUUUAUUGGCAUUUAGUAACUGGAUAGACCAAAACUAUAACACAUACUUAUGGAAAGACGUCUACUUCUUUAUUUAGACGAGGUUUCGAAGAGUAAUCUCUCAGUGUUACCGGUAUUUUCAAAUUCCCAUCUUCAUUUGCCCAUGAAUGGUAAUAAGUAUUUAUUUAUUUAUUUUCGAUUAUUAUUUAUUUUAAAAGGCGUAUAUAUAUCUAUUCUUUGGACAAAAAUGGAUUGGGACAUUCAAGUUUUUAAAAUUUUAUUGCAAUUUCUAUUCAGAUGUUUGGUAAAGUAUAUGUAUGAAGUCCAGUUUACAAGUUUUUCUUUUAGUCGUUUGUGAAUCAGCUAUUGUUAAUUAUUUCGUCAUCAGCUUGUGGGAUAUGAUUUGCUUUUGUAGGGCACCAAUUGUCGUGAACUGAUUUUAAAAUGUCCAUUGCAAAUAAAUAUUGGAUAUCAUGAGCCCAUAUUUUCAGCGUGAUAACAGUAUCAAUAUUUAUUGAAAUUGAUAAAUAUUGAAUUCUAAUUGAUGUUUUUAAUGUUGAAUAUUAUGGGUAAUAUUGAUUUAGAGCUAUAUGCCCUCUAAGAGUUUAAAAUGUUCACAAAUAGAGACCAUGGUAAUGAUUUGAUUGAAGACAUAUAGUUUUAGAUAUUUUGCAGAAGCAGAAAUAGCAUUAAAAUAGCUUCUUUUUUUUUACAUUACAAGAACCAUAAAAUGUUUUUUGUAAUAAAAUUUAAUAUUAUUGAUCAUUAUUUAAUAUUUGUUUUUAAUUUAAUAUUUAUUUGUGUUUAUUAAUAAAAUGGCUAUUCAUUGUAUGAUAUUUUAUUUAAUGUUAGCUUAUAACAAUGAGUUGAACUGGUUGUUAGUUACAUGUAUGUGUGUUGUUUACAAAUAAUAUUCUGAUUAAUAUUAAAGGAGCAAAAACAUCUCUGAUUUAGGUCAAAAUAAAGUGGUAAAUUUGGUUUUAACAGCUACUUUUAUCAACACAUCAAAUUUAAUUAAAAUGACACAUUUUAUAUUUAACGAAUAUUUAAUAGUGGUACAGAUUUUGUUCCAUUACUAAUCAAAGAAUCAUCAAAUUUAACAAAUCCAAUAGUUUAUUUUGACCUAAAUCAAAAAGGUUUAACUCCUUUAAUUAAUAUUAUUGUUUAUCGGUAUGGAAAUGUCCAGUGCAUUUAGGGCUGUUUAAACCCGUCUUAUUGUGCCUUCUUAUUUUAUCUAAAGUUACUUCAUUGAACGAUUAAAUUAAUCUUUUAGGAUUGAUUCCAUUUCAGAUUGAAAAUACAUUAUAGAUUAUUUUGGAAUGUUAAAAUUGCAUUGGCAAGUGGAAAACAAACUUAAAUUUGUGAUUUUAAUCUUGUGUAUAUUUAAACUAGAUUGUAUGCAAAAUUUGAGAUAAAUCUGCCACGCCAUUUUUGAUAUAUAAAUGUUUUAACUGUUUUGAAUUUUUGAGGAACCUCAGUGUGUAUAAGUGUGUACAUGUUGUUCAUUUGUUGAUAUUUAUUGUAGUAUCUAGUAGUUUAUGACCACAAUGCUUCACAAAAUUUAAAAAGAAUUUGCUAAAAACGAUGAACGACAGACACGGUGAUGACAAUACGCGACACUGAAAUGUGGGCGGAUAAAAACUUAUAAUAGGCCUUUACCAUUAGGAAGUGAAAGCCUAGUAAUAAUAAUUUUAUUAAGAACAGUCUUUCACCAUGACAGAAACUUGGUGCCUCGAAAUGUGAUAGAGAGAGAGAGAAAUGGGGUUUAACGUCCACUCGACACAAACUAGGUCAUUUUGGGACUAACAUAUGGUUUAAUUUUAUUUUCAUAAUUCGCUUGCGCGUAGGGGUCUUUAGCAGUGGGAGGAAACCGGAGGCCCCGGAGAAAACCCACGAGGUUGGACAUGCGACCCUACUCCUUGCCACGUACAAUCGAGGAUUCGAAACCACACCAGUCGACUCAAUGACAGACUUUAUGAUACAGCGCGCGCACGCUAACCAUUCAGCCAUCCAACCCCCCUCGAAAUGUGAUGUUUAUGAGAAGUCAUUUAGCUUACUAGGGAAUCGUUGGCAAAAUAAAAACAUACAACCUCCUGUUCGCAUCAGAUUAUUGGUAAGGAUUGUCUGAGAAAGGAGAAAGGUAGCAAGUCUACAUCUGGGAACAAAAUUGCAUCAAAUUUAACAACUUUCUAGAAAAUAGAAAAAUAUAGUUUCAAUUUAUUGAUGAAUAUUGGUGGAAAUGAUCAAUAAUUUAUGAAAAAAAAAAUAGCACAAUUUCUACAAUUUUGUUUAUGACAAUGGCUAAGAUUUAAACAUAUCUUAGAAAUUCAGUCUUUCGUUUCUGCCAGUUCAUUUUCCAGCCGCAGAAUCUCUGUAAAGAGUGGCAAAUAAGUAAUACUUUUUUUCAUUUGUCCUUUCAGAAGAUCAAAAUCCAUCUGUGUGUCGACAGCCUCCUUGCAAAGUUGGUAAUGUUGUUGAAACACGUCCAUGCCAAGUUUUUUCUGUAGAUAAAGAGUUAAGGUGGCAUGGGCUCGACUUUCACAUGUCUUACUCUCCAGCAUGGCCAGGUAUAACAUAUGUACAUUCUGUACAUUAACAACAUUCUCUGUAAAGUCAACAAAAAAAAACAAUUAUAAAAAGCAGUUAUGUCUCGACAGCUGCUUAUACAAAAGGAAAAUUUGGAUGCUGACUAAUUUUGAUAAGGAAGGUCUACAAGAAAUCUGAUCUGUGUGGUGUUACAGAGCUUGGAAAAAUUUGUUAACAAGCAAGAUUGCCGACACUUUCAUGACCACAAUAAUCUACACCAAAUUUGAAAAGAAACUGUUAAAGAUGGCCAUGCAAAGCAUGGCAAUACACCAACCAGGGCUUCCACUUCAAAAUUUUCACUGUGGGCCAUUUUUGAUAUCGCACGGAAAAUUUGCAAAUUAAAAUGAUAUUUCUUUUGUACUUUUAAUUAUGGUACAGUAUUGUAAAUUUAUGCAUCAUUACCACUUUACACAAAGAAUUUAUUCACAGCAUGUUUCUCACAUUUAUCAGUUUUAGACCAUCUCUUGCAGUAUUACUAAGCGCAGAAUUGUGAUGUAAAUCCUAAUAUUGAAUAACUAAUUCGAAUAACAAGCUAACUUCACACAGCGCACUCUAGAAUAUGAUUAGUCAUGCAUAUUAAGAGUAGACAUUAUAACACUGCACUAAUUUGACAUGUGGAUCAUCAAUGUUACUAUAAAAUAGCACUGGAAUAUGUAAUCUU